CGAGAGAGCGCCGGGCGGAAGGUUCCGCCGUGAUGAAGGUUCCGGGCGCCUCCCCUCCCCACUCCUUCAGUGCCUUAGGGCCGAGCCAUGGAAUCGUCGGAAGGAACCACCUCACCCAAAACCCUCGCAACGCAGGGAUCUUUUAGCCCAGUGUUUCCCAAACUUGGGUCUCCUGCUGUUUUCGGACUACAAUUUCUGAUCACUGGUCUUCCUCGCUAGGCAUGAUGGGAGUUGUAGUCCAAAAAAAGCUUCGAAAAUACUGUUUUAGCCUAACAUAGCGCUCGAUCAAGAGCAUCAUGCUCUGCCGCAGGGUUUUCCAAACUUGGGUCUCCAGCUGUUUUUACGGACUACAAUUCCCAUCAUCCCUGACCACUGAGUCCUGCUAGCUAGGGGUGAUGGGAGUUGUAGUCCAAAAUCAACUGGAGACCCACGUGUGGGGAACCCUGCCCUACCGACUGAGCUGCCCUUGCAGUCCACCCAAACCCAGGAUCAUCUACUACACGCUGGGCUGGAAGCGCCUCGCAAGGGGCUUCCAGGCAGGAGUCUGCUUUAUCCCGCCUUCCCCUUGCGAAAGGAGAAAACAACCGCGCGGUCUUCUUGGCCUGGAAAGCCUGGUUUCCCUGGAGGGAGCAACCCGAUUGCGGAAACGACAGGGAGAGAGGAUCUGGUCCCAGCAUGGAGCGGCAGCGAGUCAUCCCCCUGGCUCAGUACCCUGGGGUCACCCGGGAGCGCUUUCUGCAGGACAUCUACCCUCUGAGAAAGCCAGUAGUGCUGAAAGGUAUCGAUUUGGGCCCUUGCAUGACCAAGUGGACCGUGGAUUACCUCAGUCAAGCAUCAGGAAAUAAAGAAGUAAAGGUUCAUGUUUCUGCGGUGCCACAGAUGGACUUUCUCAGUAAGAACUUUCUGUAUAGAACAUUACCUUUCGAUGUAUUCAUAAGGAGAGCCGCUGAAGCCAAACAUACAGAGUACUUUAUUUCAGAGGAUGAAAAAUAUUAUUUGCGAUCCCUGGGAGAAGACCCAAGGAAGGAGAUUGCAGAUCUCAGAAAGCAGUUUCCUCUGCUGGCAGAUGAUAUUCAGAUCCCGGAGUACUUUGAAAAAGAACAGUUUUUCUCCACUGUCUUCCGCAUAAGCUCAGCAGGAAUGCAACUCUGGACACAUUAUGAUGUAAUGGAUAACUUCUUAAUUCAGGUGACUGGAAAGAAGAAGGUUGUAUUGUACAGUCCUCGUGAUGCGCCAUAUUUGUAUUUAUCAGGUACCAAGUCAGAGGUGCUAGAUGUGGACGACCCAGAUUUGAAAAAAUACCCUCUCUUUGUCAAGGCCAGACGUUAUGAAUGCCAGCUAAAUGCAGGAGAUGUCUUGUUUAUUCCAGCUCUGUGGUUCCAUAAUGUGACUUCUGAGGAGUUUGGCGUGGGAGUCAAUGUUUUCUGGAAACACCUUCCUUCUAAUUGCUACGAUAAGACAGACACCUAUGGAAACAAAGAUCUUGCGGCAGCCUCAAGAGCAGUACAGAUUUUAGACAGGGCACUGAAAACCCUAGAAGAGCUACCAGAGGAAUACAGAGACUUUUACGGCCGGAGAAUGGUUUUACGGAUUCAAGAAAAAACCUACAGUACUAACUAUGAAUAAAUAGGUUUUUCUACAAACAUCUUGUUAGCUGGCCUACAGACAUUGCACAUGGAUACUUUACCAUGGAUACUCCGUUGUUCACCAUUCCCCACUUAAUGUGUGUGUUUGUUGGAACUUUGCCCCAAGUUUAUAUACAAAUAAAGCUGUAGUACUGGUCCAUCAAUGAAUAGGCAUAUAAUUUGUCACCAAAAGAAUUUAUUUAAAACUUGUUUUAAAUAGUUUAGAUUAUACAAUACAAAGAGAUGUAGGUGGUGCUUCUUUCCUAUAACAUUCUCUAUAAGUAUGUGGUAGCUUCAAGCAACUGUUUGUUUGCACAUAGGGCUUUCUGGACCAGGUGAUUUUAAAUAUAUGAAGAAUAAAAAACAGUAAAGUAUCCCCCUCCCCCCCCGAACUGAAAUACAAAGUUUAUACAAGCAAAACCUACACAAUUCACUUGGCAGAAUCCAUGAGCAGGUAUUGAACAGAGUUUAAUGGCUGCUUUUCUACAUGAAGAGAAACAAUGAGUCAAGCAUAUAAAGUAUUGCAAAAUAACAACUGCAGUUAUUAUGGGAUUGAUGUUGGGGGCUACAAAUUAGCAGGUCAUGCCUUAUCAAACAUCUGGCUCCGGUAGAUACCAUCCUGAUAAUCCACUGAGCUUUAUUAAACUUGUUUUAUUUCUUCCAAGAUCUUUUCCCCGAUUGAGCAGACUACCCUAACAUCAUUAUCCUCCUCAUGACAAAACACAGUUCUGCUCAUUAACUUCCAUUCCCACUUUCUAAAAAUGUCUUUGCAAGCUAUUUCAUGUUUUGAAAUGAAAAUGCAAAUUACAAGGGUUGAUCCAGUGAACUGUGCAAGGAAGACAACAGAUGCUGGAACUGACCUUAAAAUGCAGCUGCAAACAUUCAUAUGGUGCCGUAAUAGGGAGCUUAUACAGCCAUGCUCAUAUUUGUGCAAGUGAUUAUAUAACCAUGCUUCUGGUAGACUACUCUUCAGCUUGUAGCUAAACCCAAAGGUGUUCUGGUUAUAGAAUCACUUGAACAAAUAUGCACAACUCAUUCAAUAUGGUGUAACACUUGCGUUUUAAAAAUAGAUGCAAGUGUAAGAUUCAGUCUAAAUUUAUGAAGCUGAAAGUAUAUUCCACAUUUCAAUGGCAAAGUGCUUGAAGUUUGGCUUUAAGAAACUGCCAGGCAAAUUUAACCAUCUACCAAGGCAAGGUGGCCUACUUACGUCUCCUGUAUAGACAUACUCUGUAUAUGAGAAGGUAACAUUCACAUUUCUAGACCAAAAUCUACAGAGUGUUUAAAGGGGACUGGCUAACCAGAAGCAUUUUUGUUAGGGAUUUUAGGACAAGACCUGCCAAGGAAAACAAAGAAUUUAUUCAUGUAUGCUACAACAGCGGCAAGAGUCUUGCUAGCACAAGGAUGGAAGAACGAGGAAGUCCCAACGAAAGAACAAUGGCAAGAAAAAUUGAUGAGCUAUGUGGAACUGGCAAAAUUAACAUAUAAACUAUGUGAGUAGGACAAUCCAACGAAAGAACAAUGGCAAGAAAAAUUGAUGAGCUAUGUGGAACUGGCAAAAUUAACAUAUAAACUAUGUGAGUAGGACAAUCGUG